GGUGUGCCGGAGAAGUUUCUUUUUAUGUUACGAUUCCGUUAUACUAAUAGUAGAAGCCCGGUUCUAGCCUGCGGCUCUUUUUCACCGAAGUUCACCACGGAAAACGGUGUUCUUCUGGACUGCUCUCUUUUCUAUUCAAAAUUUAGCGAGAUCACAAAGGGUCCUCGAAUCGGAUCGGGCUCGUUUGGAACGGUGUUCAAAGGUUACUGGCACGGAGAUGUGGCGAUCAAGGAGCUGAACGUCACCGAUCCAACUCCACAACAACUAAAAGCGUUCAAAAACGAGGUGAACGUGUUAAGGAAAACGCGCCAUGUGAAUAUUCUUCUAUUUAUGGGCUGUGUGUCCAAACCAUCUUUGGCAAUUAUCACCCAGUGGUGUGAAGGUUCCAGUUUGUACAAACAUUUGCAUGUCCUGGAGCGCCGAUUCGAUGUGACCGAACUGGUCAACAUUGCACGUCAGACUUCACAAGGCAUGGACUAUCUGCACGCAAAAAACAUCAUUCACCGAGACUUAAAAUCCAGCAAUAUUUUCUUACACGAACAGACAGUAAAAAUCGGCGAUUUUGGAUUGGCCACUGUCAAAACCCGAUGGUGGAAUACCGGAUUCCAACAGCCAACUGGCUCCAUUUUCUGGAUGGCCCCUGAAGUGAUUCGUAUGCAAGGUGACACUCCAUACACGAAUCUCUCCGAUGUGUACGCAUUUGGCGUGGUUCUGUACGAGUUGAUCACCGGUCAAUUGCCUUACUCGCACUACAACAAUCGGGAUCAGAUCCUGUUUCUUGUCGGUCGCGGGCUUCUCAAACCGGACAUGUCUGACGCGCGGUCCGAUAUACCGUUGACAAUGCGACGUUUGGCCGUGGAUUGUGUCAGUUUCGAGCGUGAGGAUCGUCCGCCCUUCUCUGUGGUUCUAUACCGGUCCCUACCCAAACUUCAUCGUUGUUCGUCUGAGCCCAGUGUCAAUGCGGCCCGUUUCGAGCGAACAGACACCUCGGAACUGACCGCAUUCAUGAACGUUUCACCCAAGACCCCGUUCAAUGCGACUGUAAUGGACAAUCUGUUCUUUUUCUCCGGUCGAAAAGACGCACGGGCCAAUUUGCCCACCGAUGGGAAGAAUACCACACCGAGUGCCACUGGCCCCGAUGCAGAUACUGAGCCUCCGAAUUCUACGGGUCCGGGACCGGUACAUGGCUCCGAUCUUUCAGAUGCAUCACCGGUGAUUGAGUCACAUGAAUCCCAAUCUGAGCCAUUGCCGGAUUCAUCACACAAUAGUGAUCUUACAAACAAUUAG